AUGGAUUUAGCAUUGGAUGUUGGUUUUCCUCUUAGGCACUGUAGCUUGCCGGGCACGAGGGAGGGAGCCAGCAUGAUGCCGGAUAGGAGAAGCGCGACCUGGCUCGAGGACCUACCCGACGAUAUCAUCCACAAGAUACUCGUUCGGUUGCCGUCCAAGGAUGUCACACGCUGCCGAGCCGUCAGCACGUCAUGGUGCAUUGCCACAUCCACGCCCAAAUUCAUGCUCGACCACCACCAGCUCCAACCCUCGCUCCCGAUUAUUGAUGGCCGGGGGCUGCCCACUAGUUUCGUCCUCUUCCACUCCGCCGGCACCAAACAACAGCUCUGGCCUUUCUCCCGGUGCGUCAAACACCACUCCGAGAUUUGUCUUCAUGGCGCCUGCGAUGGCUUCCUCGUCAUCUCGUGGCUGCACCAAUUCUACAUCUGCAAUCCGGUUAUCCACACGCAUGCUCUCCUACCCCAGCCUCAUGUGGAGCAUGCCCUCUACAACACCAUAAUCGGUUUCUACCAGCACCUUCCAACUCAAGAAUACAGGGUGCUCUGGGUCUCGGAACCAUGGCACCCGUAUAAAUCCAGCUUGCACGUUCUCACAGUGGGAUCCAAUGUGAUGAGGCAUAUCAGUGUCAGAAUGCAAACACUCUCACCACCAUCCAUGGAACAAGAACAUCAGUUACUGAAGGGAUUGCGCUCUAAGUCGUGCUGUCCACCAUCAGUGCUUCACCGUGGCAGCUUGCACUGGUGUCCUUAUGAUGCCAAUGAAAUUGGGGGACACAACACAUAUAUUAUUGUGUUCGACACAGAAGCCGAGUCAUUCCGGUGGAUUAGCAGUCCCACCCAGCUGUGCCAUCAUAGAAAGUUGUUCGACAUGAACGGGAUACUUGCUUUAUGGGGCAGCUUGACUCCCAGCUUGACCGCUAUGGAUGUCUGGGCGAUGCAGGAUCACGUCUGGAGUUUCAAGUACCGGAUUGACGUGUCAACGCUGGAGGUAUCACGACAACUUUAUUCAACCUCUUGCAAAAAGAAAAAGAGAACACCACUUGAUUCAACAGUGCAAUGGCUCAAUGAUAUGGUUGUGUUGAACGACCGUGAGUUGCUGAUCAUGUUUAACAGUAAACAUGUAAUGCGUUGUGACAUUGAUGGCAACUUCUUAGAAAUGGUGAACAUCGGAAAGCGUCAAUAUUGUAUGAUGCUUAAUCACUGCCGCCUCAAAGAGAGCAUUAUUCCAAUUCCAUCCAACUAG